CCGCCGCCUCCGCCCUGCGCGCGCGCUGAGGACGCCCGCGCCAACGCGGACCGCUACGCUGUGUACUGGAACCGCAGCAACCCCAGGUUCCACGCGGGCGCGGCGGGCGGCGGCGGCGGCUACACGGUGGAGGUGAGCAUCAACGACUACCUGGACAUCUACUGCCCGCACUACGGGGCGCCGCUGCCGCCGGCCGAGCGCAUGGAGCACUACGUGCUGUACAUGGUCAACGGCGAGGGCCACGCCUCCUGCGACCACCGCCAGCGCGGCUUCAAGCGCUGGGAGUGCAACCGGCCUGCAGCGCCCGGGGGCCCGCUCAAGUUCUCGGAGAAGUUCCAGCUCUUCACGCCCUUCUCGCUGGGCUUCGAGUUCCGGCCCGGGCAGGAGUACUACUACAUCUCUGCCACACCUCCUAACGCUGUGGACCGGCCCUGUCUGCGACUCAAGGUCUAUGUGCGGCCCACCAACGAGACUUUGUACGAGGCCCCCGAGCCGAUCUUCACCAGUAACAACUCCUGCGGCGGGCUGGCUGGCUGCCGCCUCUUCCUGAGCUCUGUCCCUGUGCUGUGGACUCUCCUGGGCUCCUAGUCCUGGCCUGAAGGAUGCCAGCCUCCUGGGACGCCCACCUGGACUGCCCAGCCUCGGCUCUCCCCACCUGGCCACGGCUGCUCUGAGACCAAAUAGAGACGCUGCUUCUCCCUCCGCGGUGCUGCCUGCCAGGAGGGGCCAGCCAGGAUCCCUGGUGCCCCUGGGGAACCAGGUGUGGGCACAGCCCCUGACCGAGCCAUCUCCUCUAGGGGUACCGGGGAGCCUCGUGCUGACCCUUGUUUUCUCGGUGUAUGUUUCAUGGUUGGGUCAGAAAGACUGAAAUGUCUGAUUUAAUUUAUUCCCUGCUGUGGCCAGUGCUGGGGAAGAAAGCAGAACUGGUGGGCGGGUCCCUGCCCAGGGAGGAAUCCAGGGACACCAGGUCUGGUCACCCCUCCACUCUGCACCCCGUUUGCUGGGUCCUGGCUGGAGCCACCCCCGCAGACCAGCGAGUCUGAGCCAGAAGAGAGCCUGGUCCGAACCCCCACUUGUGGCCCAGGGGCUCCCUGCCAGCUCCCGGUGACCCUCCGGGGUCAGGGCCUUCCACAGAGGACCCCAGCAGGCCCGGUCCCCGGCAGGGCCUCUCCGAGGCCGAGAAGGUGCUGUGUUUCUGUAAAUAGAGCUGGCGAGUGUGUUCCGUGGUUUUUCAUGUAUCCUGAGGGUGGGCCCCCAGACCUUUGUUCUCAGCCCUUUGUUGGGGUCUUUUAUUUCGGCGGGGGGUGGGGGGACGUUUUAGAAUAGAGGCAACACUUGGCAAUAAGCUCAUUCUGUCUGUGGACCCCCCCACCCCCGACCUGAUAAUGUUUCUGAGGGAAAAAAAUGGAUGGAACAGAGGAGGACCACUACCAAAAAAGGCAGCCCCUCCCCAAAGACGGGUUCAUGAAGGAAACGAGGCGUUUAUACAGAUUUCGUAUUUCUACCGCCCUUCCUGGCUGUGUUUUCUAGAUAUUAUAUAAAUAUAUAUUGUGUAGGGUGCUGGAGGCCGGCUCCGAGGCCCGGGGACGCGGGGCUUUUGUAGGGCUGGAGGGUGAGGGCGAGGCACUGCCAGGCCUGGAGCUGGCACUGGGGCUCCCUCCCAUCACAAUUGACUUUGGAUUCUGUAUUUUUUUAUAAUAAAAUGCAUAAACCCCAAA